AUGACUGUCGAUCCUUGUCCGAGAGGAAGUGAUACUUCCCUGGGCCCCGUCGUGAACGUCAAUUGUCGACCAUUCGACUUUACCUUGCUAUUCGAAGAUGUGUUUGUGGCAUGUAUACCCUCACUGAUAUUCUUGUCACUUCAUGUCGUGCGAACUGCGCAUGUAGUCAGGAAGCCUGCCAAAGUUGCCCCGCCACGGCAGACUCUAUAUUUCACGGCGCUAUAUGUAUUACUGUUUGGAAGCCAGCUAGCAUUGUUAGCUGUUCGGAGACUACAUCCCACUCUACAGACCAGUCUAAGCACUGCCGCGCAGGCCCUACAAGCGAUCGACACCGGCGUGUCAAUAUUCAACUCCAACAUUGAACGCGCUCGCUCAGUGCGCCCACCGAUCUGGCCCAAUUUGCACCUUUUCGUGACUGGACUACUCGACACUGUGCGAGUCCGGACAUUUUGGCUCGCCUCGAAAUCCUACCUCGCCCCCAUUCUCAUCAGCGUGACACUAGGCUUGCGCAUCUCUUUGUUAAUCCUCGAGUCGACAACAACAACCACCACCUCAAAUAUAUCACGGGGUCAAAAUGCCUCGAAAGAAGACAUAUCCAAUCUAUGGGGCCUCUGCUUCCUGACAUGGGUACUUCCAGUCCUGAAACAAGGCUUGGUCGCACCCUUGACAUUGGAGCAGGUUCCACUCAUUAGCCAGAACUUGAGAGCCGAAGAGCUCACCAGGAGGUUACGGACACAGUGGGAGCAGGUCUACCAAUCACGCAAGAACCAGCUUUUUGUCACUGUGUUCUGGACAUUCAAGACGGAAUUCCUGAAAGCAGUCCUCCCUCGACUGUGCUACUCGGCUUUCACGCUCAUGCAGCCAUGUUUGGUUAAUGCCCUGAUCAAAUUCGUUGACUCUCCGGAGAAUCCGAUGACAAGAAACAAGGGUUAUGGUUUGAUCGGCGCGUCUGCGAUAGUGUAUAUCGGACUUGCGACAUCCAAGGCUCUAUACAACCGACAGGCAUAUCGAUUUGUGAUCAGCGUACGAGGGGCCCUACUCGCCACCGUCUACAGCCGGACUCUUGAGCUGGGAGUGGUCGAGCAAGGGAGCACUUCCGCAAUCACCUUAAUGGGGACUGACGUGGAGAGAAUUGCUACGGGGUUCCGGGACGUGCACGAGAUAUGGGCCUCACCGAUCGAUAUCGGACUGGCAGUCUGGCUGCUGGGGCGGCAGCUGGCAGUAUCCUGCGCGGUACCGGUAGCGUUAUCUUUGAGUGAGCUUAUGUAUCUCUCUCCUGCCGCCGUGGCAAUGGCUAAUCCUGCCCAGCGCUCCUGGAUUGAGAGAGUGCAAUUCAGGAUUGAUGCUACGCGUCAGAUGCUGAACGAUCUCAAGUCCAUUAAGCUGCUCGGGCUGGGGACAUCGAUUGAGUCAAUUAUCUCUCGUUAUCGGUCCGCUGAAAUCGCGACCUCUCGAAGAUUCCGUUCGUUGCUGUGUUGGGAGGUCUCGAUCGCCAACUUCUCGUGGCUUGUUUCUCCAGCUGCCUCGUUCACUUUGUUCACCGUUCUCUCCGCUGCAAGCGGGGGCAGUUCGCUCAAUCCCGCGCAGGCUUUCACCGCGCUCUCCUUGAUGAGCAUGAUCACUCUGCCAGUCCUCACCCUAAUCCAGGCGUUACCUGCGCUGUUCCAAUGCUUAGGCUCAUUGAGCCGAUUGCAAGAGUACUUCUCUCAGCCCCACGCCUUGCCACUGCUAGUAGACGCAAAAUCGCUAUCAUCAAGCACAUCACUACUCGGACGCUCCGGGUCCGAAGUCCCCUCGAUAGGGGCAGAAAAGGGCCCUCUGAUAUCCAUCCGGAACGCGACAGUGAAAUGGUCAGCGGCCGGACCGGAGGCGCUCCGCGCAAUCGACCUCGACGUACACAAAGGCGAUAUCAUCGCCGUCAUGGGUCCCGUGAGCGCCGGAAAAACCACGCUGUUGGAGAGCAUCUUGGGGGAAACCGUUGUUGAGCAGGGCUACAUUCACGCACUCCCGGUGCCCACGGCCUACUGCACCCAGGUCCCAUGGCUGGUCGAGGGCAGCGUCCGCGAGAAUAUUGUUGGGCCCCUCGCCUUGCAGCCGGAGUGGUAUCAUCAAGUGCUGUGGAUGUGCGGUGUCAGUGAAGAUCUGCAGGCUCUGCCGAAGGGGGACUUGACGCCUGUUGGGGGGCAGGGCAAUGCUCUUAGUGGCGGGCAGAAGCAACGUGUUGCUCUCGCUCGUGCCGUGUAUUCGCGAUGUGAGGUAGUGGUCCUCGAUGAUGUUUUCAGUGGGCUCGACCCCGUCACGAGAGAGAGGAUCUGCCAACGCCUGCUGGACAUUGACCGGGGCUAUUUCCGUCGUCAAGGCACGACAGUGCUGUUCUCCACCCACCACAGUAAGGUCGCAGCUCUAGCAGACCAGGUCCUCGUUCUGGAGAAUGGGCGAAUCAUGCAGCAUAACCAAUCCGAAGCCACGAAUCGGCCACCGGGAGCUCAGACUAUUGAUCUGAUUCCUGAUGAAGAUACUGCUCAAAAAUGGCCUCUGGCAUCCGAGGCGUGUCUGGAACACAAAGGCAAUGAAUCAGACUCAAACGACGACAUCCCCGAACAAGCGCAGCCACGGCCUUCGGGCAUUGAAGCCGAAUCUGGAUAUUCUUAUUACCUCAAAUCGACCGGCCGAAGACUUGCAGCAACUUACGUCAUUCUCGUUCUUGUCGCCUCAUUCUGUCAAGACUUUCCCAACCUCUGGUUGAAGUGGUGGUCAAGUGACAGUUCGAACACGUCGAACCAACUGUCAGGAAUGUAUCUGGGGGUCUUCAUUGCCUUUGCAGUCGGUACGGUGGUGGUCGGCGCAGCAGGGUCCUGGGUUUACCUGAUACGCAUGAUAUCCAAUAGUGCAGAACGUCUGCACGGGGAUUUGCUAAGCAGCAUGCUGAGAUUCAGUCAAGACCUAGAACUGGUCGAUAUGACAUUACCUCUAGCAGCGGUCAACGCAACGAAGGCCCUCGGGGCCUGUCUCCUGAAAAUGGUGAUCUUGUUUGUCGUGGCCAAAUACAUGUCGCUGGCAGUCCCACCCCUGCUGCUGGUGUGCUACGUCCUGCAGAAAUGCUACACCCGCACGUCUCGACAGGUCCGCCUGCUCGCCAUCGAAGCCAAAGCCCCCCUAUUCCAGCACCUCUCCGAAGCCCUCAGUGGAGGUGCGACUAUCCGGGCCUUCGGCUGGCAAGGGUAUAUGCACGCCGUCAAUCUCGCCAUGGUGGACGACUCGCAGAAGUGCACAUAUACCCUGUUCAUGAUCCAGCAAUGGCUCACCCUCGCCAUGGACCUCCUGGCCAGCGGCCUGAUUGUUCUCCUGACCCUGCUAACGGUCUUCAUGAGAGGCUCCUUCGACGCCGGCUCAUCGGGAACCGCCGUUGUGACGCUGAUGAGCUUCACUCAGGAGUUAUCCCGCGUACUCAAAUUCUGGACACUCACCGAAUCCUGCCUCGGCGCUGUCUCCAGAAUCCAAUCUUUUGCCGCGCACACCCCGUCAGAGACCGGCGGGAAAAGCGCCCUGUCGCGAGAGACGGUCUGGCCCAGUCGCGGCGCCAUCGAGCUACAGGGAGUAACCGCUGCCUACAAAUCCACACCCAUCCUCAAUUCCGUCUCCCUCCACAUCUCACCCGGCCAGAAAGUCGCCCUCUGCGGCCGCUCCGGCAGCGGCAAAUCCUCGCUUCUGCUAUGUCUAGGCGGACUUCUCCGCCCGCAAAGCGGCUCCAUUCACAUCGACGGCGUGGAUCUCGCCUCGCUAUCCCCCAAAACCAUCUGCUCCCGUUUGAGCGUCGUCCCCCAGGAACCGUGCUACCUGCCGGGCACGAUCCGCUUCAACAUUGACCCCGCGCAGACUCUCUCCGAGGGUGCUCUGGCGCGCGUGCUGCAGACGACGCACCUGACUGGUCUGGUCACGCAGCUGGGCGGCCUGGACGCGGAGUUGGAUCCCGCGCGGUGGUCCGCGGGCCAAGGGCAGCUGCUGGCGUUGGCGCGUGCGAUGGCCCGGAAUAGUCGGGUGUUAGUUCUGGAUGAGGCGAUGAGUCGGGUCGAUCAAGCGACACAGUCCCUGAUGGACAGUAUCAUCUCGGAGGAGUUCGUCGAUUGCACGGUUAUCUCGAUCGUCCAUCGGUACGAGAACAUCUCGUGGUUCGAUACGGUGGCGGUGAUGGAGAAUGGGGUGGUGGUCGAGUUCGAUCGGCCGGCGAUUUUGUUGGCGCGGGAGACGAGGUUUCGGCACUUGUAUACUUCGAGUGGGUGUGGAUGAGAUGAUAUCGGAUGAACUUGCGCAGACUGCAGACUGCCAACCUCGUAAGACUGGUUCGUGUCCAUUGUGUA